UAUGUUGCCACCUCUCCUAGCUUCAGCAAGACUUCUCAUAAGGACAAGACGUUCUAACUAAAAAUGGCUGAGGAGGAAAGUAAGAGCUUCUCUGUUGAGCUGAGUGAGAAAGGAGGUAUAGAAAACAAAGGAUUUGUUCAAAAUGAGACGCUUAAUGAAUGCAAUGCCAACAGCCAAGAGGAGAUACCAGAAACAUGCGCUGUUGGCAUCAACUCAGCAACUGUGCAGAACCAGGACUGUGAAGUUUUGAAGCCCUUUGCAGGAAUGCCUAAGGAAGUCUUGCUUAAAUUCUCAAGUCAGGCACGGUACAAAGUCACCAGAGAGAUCCUCUUCUGGCUCAUAAUUGCAUCUACACCAGUGCUUGUCGGUGCUACAAUUGCAAUUGUUGCCGUGUCGCCAAAGUGCCUAGGUUGGUGGCAAGCUAGUCCCAUUUAUCAGAUCUACCCACGUUCAUUUAAGGACACCAACAAGGAUGGGAAUGGUGAUCUGAAAGGUAUCCAAGAAAAACUGGAUCAUAUCAUGUAUUUAAAUAUAAAAACAAUCUGGAUUACUUCUGUUUAUAAAUCACCCUUAAAAGACUUUGGGUAUGGAGUUGAAGACUUCCGGGAUGUUGAUCCUAUGUUUGGAACGAUGAGGGAUUUCGAAAACCUGAUUGCAGCUAUACAUGACAAAGGUUUAAAGGUGAUAAUGGAUUUAAUACCAAACCACACAAGUGACAAACACAGUUGGUUUCAGCUGAGUCGCAAUCGGACUGGGAAGUAUGCGGAUUACUACAUCUGGCAUGACUGUGCACACACUGAUGGGACAAUCACUCCUCCCAACAACUGGGUGAGUGUUUAUGGGAAUUCCAGUUGGCAAUAUGAUGAGGUGAGAAAGCAAUGUUAUUUUCACCAGUUUGGGAAAGAACAACCAGAUUUAAACUUCCGCAACUCCGCUGUGCUAGAAGAAAUCCAUGAUAUUAUCAAAUUUUGGCUUGGCAAAGGCAUCGAUGGGUUUAGUAUCAACACUGUUAAAUUUCUUCUUGAAGCAACACACCUGAGAAAUGAACCUCAAGUGAAUAAAUCCCAAAAUCCGGAGAGUAUCUCAGCAUAUUCUGAGCUGUAUCAUGACUACACCACCACCCAAGUCGGCAUGCAUGAUAUUGUCCGCAGUUUCCGGCGCACCCUGGAUAAAUUCAGCAAUGAGCCUGGCCGAUACAGGUUUAUGGGAACUGAAGCCAAUAACCAGGAAAACAUCGAAGCAACAAUGAUGUAUUAUGGAACAUCUUUUAUCCAAGAAUCAGAUUUCCCCUUCAACUUCUACCUAAUUAACAUGGAAAACCUCUCAGGAAAUAGUAUUUUUGAAACUGUGUCUUUGUGGAUGAAGAAUAUGCCCAAAGGAAAAUGGCCAAAUUGGGCGGUUGGAGACCCUAGCACUGCUCGAAUUACGUCUCGGAUUGGAAAAGAAUACACUAAUGUCAUAAAUAUGCUCCUUUUAACUCUUCCUGGGACACCUACAACUUAUUAUGGUGAAGAAAUAGGAAUGGAAAAUAUUGCAACUGAAAAUGUGACCUUCCCAGAGAAGUCACCCAUGCAGUGGAAUGGCAAUCUUCAUGCCGGCUUCAGUGAGGGUAACUUAAGCUGGUUACCUGUUAAUCUGGACUACCAAAAUGUAAAUGUCGAAGUUCAAAAGACUCAACCUAACUCAACACUGAAUCUAUAUCGAGAGCUAAAUUUACUUCGCAACAAUGAGCUGCCCAUUCAUAGGGGAUGGAUGUGCUACAUUUGGAAUGACAGCAAUGUUUUUGUGUAUCUGAGGGAAUUAGAUGGAUUAGACAAAGUCUUUAUAAUGGUUCUCAAUUUUGGACAGGAAUCAAUCAUAGACCUGAAAGCUGUAGUUUCUGAGCUUCCGUCUGAAGCUACCAUAAGGCUAAGCACUAAUUUUAGCAACACUGGUAAAGUUGUAAAUACCAAAACAAUUAAAACUGAAAAGGGGGAAGGAAUUGUCCUUGAGUAUAAAACAAGGAAGACAGUUCAUACUAUGGAAACUUUCCAAGGGAAGUGUUUUGUGGCUGAAAAAGCAUGUUAUUCUAGUGCCUUGAAUAUACUCUACAUGCAUUGCUAAGCGCUAGGGCAUGUAGGAAAUUUUGUUUUAUGCAUUUAAGGCAGGAAAGGUUGAUUUCAGGUAAAUACUGUGAAUAGUGUGGCAAUGGCUUUUUAAACUUGCUGGUUUUUGUAUUAAAUGAACAGCAGCCCAUAAACAAACUAAUAUGG